AUUUUUAGACUGAAACUAGAACAAACGAGUACACCAAAACAAUAAUGGCGAUUAAAGGAUAAAAUUGAGAAAUUUUCGAGAAUGUCAAUUAGUUAUAUAUGCAAAAAUAAAGAUGUCUGAGUCAGAAAAAAUAGAGAAAUCUGGGUAUAAGAUAAUUGAUGUUCAGGAAGUAUAUGCUAAAAGCAGGCAUGAAUAUCCGCUAUCGAGAAAUGCUGCAGUAUAUUGGUAUUUUAAUAACUUAAAUAAACCACUACCGCUGACAACUGAUGCUAUGCUUGGUGCUGUUGAUGAAGAAGUUGAAAUUUUAUCAAUUGGACUUAGCAAAGUUCACGAGGAUGAAAUUGCUAAUCAUGAAGACAUUGAAAAUGCUUCCAUUCACUUGAAAAUUAUACCCUCAACAAAAAUAACAUUUCUUUCUAAUUUUUAUAAAUUCGUCAUUGUCCUUGAUAUGAAACCGUCCCUGUUUUCUUCUGUAAGAAGUGAGUCUGAUCUGGGUGUUAAUGAAAUGAUUCGAACUGUGAUAGGUGUAAUCAAAAGUUUAGUAAGCUCGUGUCCAAUAUCAUCUAAAGUUUCGUUUUCACCAAAAGUUUAUAUCACAGUAUUAGCGUUUUGUCCUCAUUGUAAACCUCUAGUUAGUCAGGUGCUGUUACAAGGGGUCUGUACUACUGAAACAAACAUAGAAGAAGUUACAAAAAGUCUUAAAGAACAAUUUGAUAAAUUUAUUAGCAAUUUUAUAGAGGUUAGGUGCUUAAUAAAUGAAGAAUACAAUGGGCAAGACUCUUUCCCAUUAGAUGUUGAUCAAAUGGGAAAAGUACCUCAUGCAUCUGCCCAUCUUAUAAACAUGAUAACAUAUGGAUUUUUUGCAAUGAAUCUAUUACCAGAUGUAGCAAGCCCUGGAAUUGUUAUCGUUUCCGAUGGUGUUUUUAGUCAGCCUGAUCCUAUUAAUUUGGACAAAUUACUUACUCAACUAAGAAAUGCAUCUGUAAGAGUGUUCGUGAUUAAUAUGUCCGAAGUAAACAAUGGAAAUCCAUCGUCUUUGAAUGACUUUGGGGUGCUAUCCUCCUCAGAUUUUCUUCAUUUCUUGACAACAGCAACUGUUGGUGCUUGCUUGUCAAAAAGAGAUAUAGAUUUAAUAGAUAGAACUUCAAAAGAAACUGCUAAUAUUUGCCAAAAGCGAUUGUUUUUCAUUCGAAUUCAACCUCUAAGUUUGUUUGGGGUAGUCCAUCAAUCGAAGUUUGAAUUUCCUCAGUUAAAGAAAAAAUAUAUUGAAGGAUUUCCUGUAAAAGUGAAUGCUGCUGAACUAAUAUCAGUUCGAUUGCGAGAGGGUUAUGUUAUUGAAAGACUUCAAUUAAUACCAAAAGGGGAAGGUCAAAUUAAUGUUUACCUCUCUGUACCGUGGAGGGACUCAGUGAAAAUUGCAUACAUUAUUCGUUCACCUUGGCCGUUCAAUAAUAAUAAAAGUACUUAUGUUGAUAUAUCAAUAGAAGGAAACUAUAGUGUGCUUCAUGAUCUUAUUUGUGCCAGAAAUCAAGCACUACCAAGCAAAUUAUUAACUUUAAUGAAAACUCAGUUUUGGAAACAUUUAGCUAGUCUUACGGAAACCGACAAGCUUCUGCUACAUUUUACGUCCUUUUUGUCAAAUCCUAUAUUCUUUAACAUUCCUAAUAGUUUAAAGCAAGGUGUGAAUUUAUUUGAUUUAGCCAGCCAUCCCAAUGCAUCGUCAACUCCUCAAUUAUCAACGCAAUUAAAUCCAAAUGAUGUAGAACUAAGUGAAUUCGCUGCUUUCUGGGAGCCAACAGUCAUGAUUGAUAUAAGAAUGUGGAGAAAAUGGCUACAUGUACAUCAGAUAAUUCUUGUACUGGAGCAUGAAAGACCUAUUGCAGAAAAUGUAUAUUAUCCUAAUGCCAGUGGAAGAUAUGUAUCAAUAACAGCUCGAAAAGCCACAACCGACAUCACUUUACAUUUUCUUGGACAGUAUUCUUCAUUUGUCCUGGUUGAGAGCCUCUCAUAUAUAAAAUUCAUAUACGAGGAUGAUGAAAAGUCAGAGAAACCUUGUUCAUUUUGCGUUAUAAAAGUGGCUGCUAAUGGUCCACUAUUUAUAUUAAAACUAGCAUUCUUGGGUGGAACCAGUAGCGUAAUUCGUCAUAAGACGUACAAUGAUUUACGUAUGAAAUUGUUAAAUUUAAAACUUCCAAUUUCUGAUAGUGAGAGAGAAAAUUUUAGUCGCAGUAUUCAAAAGCAAUUCAGAAAUGAUCAUUCAUUAAAUGAAUCGUUGGGCAAGACAGGAAAAUCUAGAUCAAGAGUAGGAAGUGCUGUUGAAAUUAACCUUUGUACUCAAAUUAAAACCCCAUUACAACAUGCUUUAGUCAGAUACGACGAUCUUUUUAACGGAAAAAGUGAUAGCCCACCGUCAGCUAGUUUACAAAGUCAUUUAGCCCUUAAAUACUUGCUAUAUCGCCGAAAUAUUUGGACAAUUCAGCCAUGUUCACAAUAUUCCUUAAGCAGCCGUAGUUUAGGAAUGAUUGCUUCAGUGCUUUCAAAGAAAAGACAGAAUGAGGGUUUUAAAUUUGCUUACGGAUGCCAAGGGUUUGUUAAUAUGGUUAUAGAACUAGAUAUGACGGAAAAGAAUAGCACAAUACCAUCUUGUUCAUUAGAAAAUGAUCCCAGAGAAAAUGAACUAUUAUCCUGUUUGGUUCAGUAUGUUUUGUUACCACCAACAUCAAAUAUGCAUGGAACAAGUGAAAGAAUAUCAGAAAAUGGAGAAGAGGAAGACAACGAGAACUCGGAGACGGAUCAGGAAUUGCAAUUAAUUACCGAGUGCUGGGUUGAACCACAACAUGGCUUUGUAGAAACGGAGGAUGACGAAAAGCAGGAUUUAGCAGGAUGUACAUCUCAGGAAAUAACAAAAGCUGUAAUUCCAAUUGAUACACCCUCAGUUCAGUAG